AUUCAAGCUGUCUUUGUGCCUUCAAGUGAGACAAGACACCAACCAAAGCCACACACGGUGUACUGUGUCGAAGUCCAUGCAGCGGUCCGCACCUGGGUCGUCUGGAAACGGUACUCGGAUUUCGUAAAACUGCACCACCAUUUCGAAAGUGUGUUUCCUUCCCACCCGGUUCCUGUGCAUCUGCCGACCAAACGCAUCUUCCCGUCGACAUUUUCCGAUCCCAACAAGAUUGACACUCGACGACGUGGUUUAGAAGAAUACUUGCGGGCCAUUCUGAGCCACCGAGACGAUCGGUGGCGACAGACGGAUAUUUGGAAAGAUUUCUUGGCGAUACCACAUCCAUCGGCGUCGUCGUCACCGUCGAAUCAUCAUGCAACGUCGUAUACUUCCGAGACGUGGCUGGACGAAUACCACAGCAUGACCAAUGCCGCCCGCCAAGUCCGCUCGCUGAUCAAUAAACGAGGAACGCAUAAUGCACGUAACGAGAUUUCGGCAUCGCAUAACUGUACGGUGCAAGCGAAAAAGUUGCUGGUCACGCUAUCCACGCAUACAUCCGAUUUGGAUGCUGCAUUGAAAGGCUUGUCAGAAGGUCCGGAUGCCAUGGCCGACGGUGAGCUGCGACGAAGGCAGGACAUGCUUGCUACGCUUCGCGAUGAAAAGGAUGCGCUUUUGAAGUUGGUGAAUUCCGGUAGACAAGAACAAGAACUGUUGAAACCGCGCCGUAGUCAGACGGCUUUGAUGCGGCAACAGCCACCGAGACGCAGUGCGACAAUUGGGCCCGGCAGAGCAUUUGGUGCGGCAGCAGCAGCAGCUCAGCAGAAGGCCAAGGAGACUGAAGUGACGCGUGGACUGGAUAACGAUGGACUGAUCCAGUAUCAACAAGAAGUCAUGCAAGAGCAGGACACCCAGGUCGAACAGUUUAGUGCAUUGCUGGCACGACAAAAGCAGCUUGGGUUUGCCAUCGGUGAUGAGCUGGAGACCCAAAACCAAAUUCUGGAUGAGUUGGACGGCGAUGUAGACCGUACUGCUCUUAAGCUUAAGUUUGCGAACAAGAAACUG